AUGAGGUCGAACGAAAAUUGCAUUUUCAUGAUACUGAUAACAUACGAAGGUAUUUUAAAAACAAUUACGUUCCAAAAUGCGUCGAGUGAUGGAUUUAUUUUAACAACUGGCUCUCCAGUUUCAAUACUGGGGCCAAGAUUAAUUACGUAGACAAAUCAAUGUAUUAGAGUUUUUAUUUAGUAUUUUAUCUUUAAGUGUUUAAUGCAGGCCUAAGAGUGAAAUAUUCAUGGAAGGAACAGCUCUCUCUUUUGCCUUAUCUCUGUAGAGUCUGUGGAGUAAAAAACGUUUUACAAAAUUCAUGUUAUUCGCCCUAAUACUUUUGCAAAAAAGGCAUCAGCUUAUUACUUUAAAAAAGCCUCCUUAUCGUUUUUUACUGCAAAUUAUUUAUUUACAUAGAUCGACAGCUGACCAAAUCAUUUUUGGGGUCAGUGAUGUCAAUGACAGUGCUGAAUCAUGUUUAGAUUUUUUAAAAUAUUGUUAACAGUACAAACUGAAGCUCAAAACACGCAAAGUCCUUCAAAGCUACGAUCCUGCUGGUCUCCUUCAGGUAUGGACAGUGUUUCUUACAACGACAAAGAAAUUAACUAAUGAGUUUAUAUCAGCAAAUUUGUUCGGAAUCCUUUUUUUUUUGUCUAUUGCAAUGUUGAGCUUGAUGAUGGUUUCAGAACCCUUUUCUUUUCUUAUAUUUUAUUUUUUAUAACAGAAAUGUGGUUUCUUUCUCUGGUUUUCAUGCACGAAGGAGUUUUCACGAACGACUAUUUAUCAGAAGAUUUUUUCGGAAUUCUUUUUUGUGACUAUUGAAAGGUUGAGCUUGAUGACGGUUUAUUAUUUUAUUGUAGUUUUUUUUUUUUAAAUUCAAUUUUUGUAUAACAGAAAUGUGAUUUCUUUCUCAAAUUUCCAUGCAGCUUUACUGACGUUCCUCAUUCAUCAGACUGCUCGUAGAUCAGCAGAGGCAACCAAACGUAUAUUUCAGCAUUUCGAUUUUGAAAUACCCGUGGCCUUUGGUGUCCAUCAAAAACUGAUAGGGUCACAUUAAAGAAAUAAUAUAUAGGUUUAGUCAGGGCUAAAAGCGAGGCCUCCGUUUCUAUACUUAUGAUAAAAGCAAUCAAAUUAAAGUAAUAACAUGAACUCUAAGCCACAAAAAAAAAAAGAAAGAAAUCUUCGCAUCUCUAAGAGCCUUCGGCACCAGACACCUUUAGAUGGAGGGGCUAAAUGAUUAAGAAAAAAUAUCCUGCAAACAAACCUGAAUUGAAAACAAUGGGUAAAUUGUAGGUCUCUUAAAAGAGCUGUGUCACGAAAUUCAGCCAAAUUAGGUUAUUGCAAAAUACUCGUUGAAUUAAAAGAAACAUAAAAAUAACCGUUUAAAACGUUAAAGGAAGGUUAAAAUAACGCAGCAGAUACAACAGCUGCCACGGAUGGACAAAACUGAAGAAUAUUGAAACGGAUUAAAAUUGGGGUUUUUGAAAACUGUUCAGCCUAACUGACAGUUUUUCAAAGUUUAUCUCUGCUGUUUGCAGCUUCAAAAAUAACGCUCAGGGGACAUAUUUGUUUGUCUCUAAUCUCUGAUUUUGUCAUUUACAUGUAAUUUCUUUGCCUACAUUCAGUUCCAUGGCGAUUGAGGGCGAGUAAUUGGCAAAAUAAAACAAAAUAAAGUGGACUGCCGUUGCUUGUCGUAAUUUUUUUUGCGCACCUUUAUUUGGCAUUUAUAUGAUUGUUUGUUUGCUGAGUUCAACUUUUUGCUGGUCAAGUUCUAGAUUUUAGGCGAGCUUUUCAAACUACUAGUUAUCAUAGUCAAAUGUGAGUCACAGGAAAGCUUUCUUGAAUUGUAUAUUCUUCAUCCUUUUUGUCCUUUUGUGUAGUUUUUCAGUAUAAAAGAGAAAAGAUAACAAAAGGUGACUGCAGCCAGUGAAGUAUGUUUGACAUCCCAGUUGCGUUAUAUGCCGUAUUGUUGAUCAUAAGUACAACGUAAGCAUAUUUUUUAAAAAAACUUUUUACUGAAAGUUUUCUUUCUUUUGCAGUCUGUCCAACAUGUUUUCAGCGAUAUUCUCCAUCGUUUUUGCUAUGGUUUUAGUUUCUGUUGAAAGCAGUACUGUUCAAUCUGCUGUUGAAGUUGCCAUGAGGUGCACUAAAAAAGGAUGGCAAGCGGAAAUGGAUGCUCUGGCAUCAGGCCCUGUCACCGAGGAAGAGAUCCUUGAAGAUGCUUGCAUUUAUCUAAGGGUAAGCAUUACAGAGUAUUUAUAUAUCACCAGUAUACAUCAGCUUGUCUUGCGGUCUUUUCUUUCUUUCCUCAAAAGAAGAAGAGCAACAAAAAAUAAAAACCUUUGAUGGCGUUGGAACUUACAGCCAGCGGACAAGGCGUGGAGGUAAUUGAGAAGCUGUAAGAGGGCCAAAGUGGAUUUGUAGCUUUGACGGCUGACGGUUAAUUUUCAGUCAGUUCAAGUUUGACGGUGGACGGCUAAAUUUUAGGGCUUUUGACGGUUAUUUAGUGAAAAUUUAGUUCACGAGUUAAAGUAAAUAUUAAUUAUAACUUCUGUACAAAUUAAUAUUUAACUAUUGUGUUUUGGAGGUUGCUUUGAACCGUUCACAUAUAAAAUUUCCAAAUAUUUUAAAAGAUACAGGAAAAUUGUAAGGUCUUGUAAUGUUCAGAGACAUUUUUUUUUAUAUAACAUGGCCAGUGGAUUUUCAAGUGAAGAGAUUCUUCAGGAGCCAAAAGCCCGUGAAGAUCAGCUGAAAUAGUGAGACUUGAAAUACCUCGAAACGUUUUUAUGGUUAAUAUUACUCUCAAUUUUAGGCCGUUUGGCGGCUGACUGUUAACCCUAUUGAAACCUUCCCCUAAAGGUCGCAGCAGUAAAAGAACUCGCUUCUGGCCGUGUGUAACUGAACCUACUUUCUCGAUAGUAAACUACACAUAUCGCGCCUUAAUUUUUAACCAGUUUUAUUGGCUAAAAAGUUAGUUACGACUGACACUGCUUAGCCCAGUCUGAGUACCAAAACUGGUUUUGCUCAGGAGAACGUUUUGAAAAGGUUACGUUUUCUGUCACUGUACUGUGUUUUCAUCGAACAAGUGUGGACGGAAAAAAAUAAAUGUUUGGAAGAAAAAACAUAAAGUUUUAUCAGUCGUCAAAUAAAAACAGAUAUCUUUUGACCAAGUUGCUUCCUGCGAACGGGGGGAGACUUCUGAGGCUACCACUCUGUAACUUCAAAACCGCUUAUGAUACGGCCACGAAAUUACACAGGAUAAUGUGCUCAUAAUUUCCAACAUCUAGGCAUAUCAUGAUUGACACAAUGACGUAAUUUGACGUCAUUAUGACGUCAUAGUGUUAAAUUUUCUGUCAGAGUCCAAAUUCAUCAAUUUUUCCCCUCAAAGCACAAAAACGUAAAUAGUAAGAAGUCUGGCAAAAUCAAGAAGUAGGCGAUAACACAAAUAAUCUUUCACAAUAGCAGUGAUGUCAUGAUGACGUCAGUUGUUAUCAAAGAAGGAUCUGGAGUCAUCAACCAUCUUGAAUCUGCCAUUUAGAAUUACUGAUUUAAAUGUAUUCAAUUCUACUUAAAACCCGUAUACAUCGUGCAAACGUGAUUGAAGAACUGAUCAGUGUAUAAGAGAGUGCUUAGGAAUAAUAAAAAAGAAAAUCCACAAGCUAUGAAAUUCCGAGAAAAAUUAACACCAUAAAAUAUUGAACCAAGCAUCUGCCAUUUGGUCAUUUUUUAAACUUAAUUUUUUUUCUUCUCAAAUCUUCUCAAAUCAUUCAAUAAAAAGCCUAUAAUAAAUUUGAGAAAAUAUAAUGCUAUAAUUCAAUACGUGAAAAAUAGAUAUAAAUCUUUUUUUAUAGGAAAAAAGCAAAUCUUGAAAAACAUGGCUGUCAAAACUCGGCUUACAUAGUAACGUUGUCAAUGUUGACAUAUACGUCACGACGACUUUAAAAUGUUCCCAGAGUAAUAAAACGUUUUCACUGUCACGCAACAAAAAAUUAAAUUGGAAACCGUCCAGUGGAAGAAACCAAGAAAAUGAAAUGUUGUAAAAGACUAAUAUAUAAACAAUUUGUCCACGUUUCAGGUCUUUGUGGCCCACAGUUUCUGAGUUAUUUGACGAAACGUUUCAUGCACCUUUGUAGAGCUUUGUAUGGGAGACGCCAUAUCGGUGCACCAAUAUGGCCGCCGGAAAUCAACAAAAACAUCACUUUUUCUAUAAAAGCUAUUUCUUUUCACCCGAGAACUAGCAUUCGUACGCGUAAACAUAUCUUCUAAUACUUGAAGUGGUUAUACUGCUGAGAAUCAAGAGGAGAGACUUUUUUCAACGAGACAGCAUUCCUAUUUUGGUGUCACGCACCGUGAAAACUCGGAAGUUCAAAUAGGCCAUUUUCAGGAUGGCGUUAUUUUACUGCUACGACCAGAAUCCUUUUCGUUUUUCCUUUCAUCUUUAAAUUUUACAAUCCCAGUGAGGUUUGAAUAACAAAAGCCUUAAUUAGCACAAGGAAGCGAAACCUUGAAGGAUCCUGGUCGUAGUAGUAAAAUGAUGUCAUCGUGCAAAUGUCCUAUUGCUCCAUUUUCGAAAUGAAACAUGCUACGGAAAUGGAAACUUGUACAAAGAUUAACUUUUUGUUUAUCUUCAACCUAGUGAUGUCACAAUGAUAAUGAUGUCACAAUGAUAACCAUAUAUUAUUAGGAAAAGUCAGUAAGUUUUAUAGCAUAAACGGUUUUGAAGUUUUAGCAGGGGAGGGGGAGGGGGAGGGGGGGUCCAAACCCCGUUGAUCUGAAUAGGGUUAAUUCUCAGAAGAAUUUAUAUAAUAACAAUGCUAAAAAAAUACACCACGGAGUUAUUUGUUCCCACAAUAUCAAUGGUUUGAAAACGUUAUAAUGAUAUUGGAAGUUCUGAGCUCUCGAUGGCAUUGCUAUCCUUUGAUUACUCUUCAUGAAGACUCAGUAAAUUUGAACAAAUAUAUUAAGAACCCACCAUGUUCGAUGAGUUCUUAACCUUUUCUAUACUUUAACGCUUACUGACCUUCUUUAUUAUUAUUAUUAUUAUUAUUAUUAUUAUUAUUAUUAUUAUUAUUAUUAUUUUGACAGGAGUUUGCGCGUUGCAUUCUGAAUACAGACCCCUCUAAAUACGCCUCACCCGACCCCAGUAUCGUCCACCUCUUGGCCGCUUACGAAUGGCAGCAUCUGUACAUAGCAGAGAUGGCUGGAAUUUGUGACAACAUGCCGACAGAAAAGCUAAAGAAGAUCGCAUUGGAUCACGGUAUGCUUCAAGGGAGGGGCAAAAGGCGGGUGGGUGUGUGUGGCUGGAAUCCCUCUUGAGUUUUUGAUAUGUUGAGUGAGGCCUUUAGUAUUGUGGAUUAAGGCUGCUGAUGAGGGGGGGAGGGAAGAUUUUGGGCUAAACUAGGUGAGAUUUAGCCGAUCCCCGCUUUGAAUGUUUCUUCAGUGAAGUGAUCCCCCCUAAUAACUUGUGAUGACUUUCGUGAUCCCUCCACCAUGCCUUCAUUUUCCAAGCAAAUUUGAGUGGUUCCCCCCUCCGAAUCCUUCCAAAGAUUUCAGCGAUCCCCCCCUCUUGGGUUCUCAGUUACGACUGAGAACCCAAGAGGGGUUCUCGCAAAAAUCAACUGACCCUUUUCCCCCCACUCCCGCAGGCGAUAAAUAAUGACCGGUGCCUAAUAUACUUUUACUUGCCAACAGUUUAUAGCUAGUUAGUAUAGAAACUAAGCACAUAUUUAUGCUUUAGGUCUAAAAUAGGUUAUCAUUUAACAUUUCACUCUUUUGCCCUACACCUUUUUUAGACAAAAAUGCAAACUUGCAUUUCUGUUGAACCAAUUGUCAUCACUUUCAAUGUCAUAUAUCGCAACCACCCCUGACUACCUUCUCUAUUAACGUCGGAAGGGGUUUAAUCCAAGGAUCUAUUUUGAUGUCAAAUAAUUUCUCUUUUUUAAGGUGUAAUGGAGAAAGAAAAUUUGAAGAAUGUUGGUAAGAAGUUUCAUUUUUACAUAGGACAGUGAAUCUUGAUAGGAUGUAGCACAUAUCUAAACAUUAGGCAUCAAGUGAUUGAUUCAGAUUCUGACUCGCUCCAACCAGCCGAACCACCCGAACUGUAUGCGAAAGAUUUAGUGGACGCUUACGGGAGGUGGUCGCUUACGAGAAUCGAACCACAGGUAGUCUCCUCAGAGAAGAGGUCCCGACACAUCUACUAUACAUCGUGGCAGAGAAAUCAUUGCAUGCGAUUUCUAAGUUCCGUAAACGAGUUAGUUUUGUGUUAGCUUUUUUCGUGUACUCUGAGUGGCGUAGUAUAUGCAGUGACCAGAGACCACAUCACGCGUAAAGUGGUCGCUUACGAGAGCACACAAACAAUAUUAAAAACAACAAAAUCGUCAGGCCAAAAAGAAGUGGUCGCGGUCGCUCCUGUGAGGUGGUCGUUUCAGCGAACGAUUUUGAUUACAGGGAUUUGAUUGGGAACAUUUUGGUGUUUUGGUUAGGUGGUCGCAUGGGAGGUGUGGUCGCACAAGAGGUUCGACCGUAGUCAUGCAAUGCUUUCUCUUGGUAUACCGCGAAUAUCCCACUAUUGAUUUGAAUGUUUCAUAGAUAAAACUGUGUACACUGAGAAAAAUCAAGUUACUCCUGGGAUAUAUUUCACGGUAUGCCACUUGAAAUUGUUGCACAACUACAGCCCUGCACAAAGACCUUCUGACAGUAAUGCAGCAUUCGUAACCCCAUAAACAGUUGAAACUCGGGAAAGGUUCUGGAUACAAGCGUCCAACCUUGUUUGUGGGGUGGGAGAUGGGUUGGGCAUGUGUGAUUUAAAGAAAGCCCAGCAAAUGUAAACUUUUAUUAUCUAUUAUUGUAGCAGGUGUUUGCCCUUCAAUGUGUAUAUAUGUGUAUAUAUUUUAUCUGAUUCCAGAGAAUGACACAUGGGCUGAUUGCGUUGGACUUACGAUGCGCAAAUGCAUGUUGCUAUCUGAAAAACUGAUAAAGGAAGGUAAAUCGAUGGAUUUCGUGUCCGCAACGACCGAGUACAUCAACUGUUGCAAAAAGGCAGACAAGUACAAGUGUCCGGCAAAAAUGCUGGAUCACUAUAUUCACACUAUGGAUGUUUAUUAUCAACACCUGGAUUAA